UCAGUGUUCCACAGCGACGGAAUCAGAGGACGCAAAAUCAAGUGAAACAACAGGACGACAGGAGAAAAGUUCAUGCUGGACUUUUCAAAGAUUUCAGAUAUCAACAUGAAGUCCAUGCUGAACAUAGACAGUUUGACCAAGCCAGAGUUGCUGAUGCUCUUCAGCAUCCUGGAGGGAGAGCUGGAGGCCCGGGACCUGGUCAUUGAUGCUCUAAAGGCCCAACGUAAAGAGCUGUUUAUCCAGGAGCGCUAUGGCAGGUACAACCUCAGCGACCCCUUCCUGGCCUUGCAGAGAGACAGCGAGGCUGUGGGGGGCCAGAACAAGGAUAUGGGCUGUUCUUCCUCAACCUCCAACCCUCUGGUGGUUCUCAAACUAGUGGUGAGCCACUGUAGGAGGAUGCAAGAGAAGAUGCUGGCCCAGCUGGCUGCAGCAGAGAACAGGCACAGAAGGGUCAUUGCAGAUCUGGAGGAGGAGAAGAGGCGGCAUGCUGAGGACACAGCAGAGGGAGAUGAUGUCACUUACAUCCUUGAGAAGGAGAGGGAACGCUUACAGCAGCAGCUGGAAUUUGAGCGUAGCCAGGUGCGGCGGCUGGAAAAAGAACAGCGGCGGAUUACAGACCAGCUAGAAGAAGAACGAGCCCAGCACAAACAACUCUCCUGUGCUUUGGCCAAAGAGUGUAAGUGGGCAAGUACCAGGGCGCUGGAGGAAGGUCACCGGCUGUCUGAGCUGAGCCGUAAACUUGACAAGGAAAAGGAGGCUUGUCAAGCCCUGAGGAAGGAGCUGGAGGAGGAGAAGCGUAGAGCCCUAAGAAUGGAGGCAAGGGUGGAGGAGCAGCUGGCUGAGUUUGACACAGAGCGAGAACAGCUCCGCUCACGUUUAAAGAAGGAAGAAGUUCACUGUUGUCAGCUACAACAACAGGUAGAAGAGCUGAAGAGGAAGCUGGAAGAGGCAAAUAUGACAAGAAAUAUGAGAGGGGUAGUUACAGCUCCUGCUGAGGCAGGGGGAAAUGAGUGGGCUACAAAAGUUCCUCCAGGAAACAAAACAUUAGACACUAUUAAGGUCGAGGACACUGAAGAAGAGAGAAACCAGCCACAUGUGCAGCCAAAAGUCAGUGGUCACCAUUGUCCAUUGGAGACUAACGGGUGGUCAAACAGCAGCCUCUCAGAAAUGGCUUGCCUACAGAAUGGGAAUGAAAAACCUCCAAGUCAGACCCACAUGUCUUUCUCCUCCUGCAAUGACACCCCUCCUGCUCUUCUUCCUUCUUCCCCCUGCGCCUCACCUGUCCUUGCCAAACGCCAACCAGGCAGCCCAAAUCCUGGUAGCUACCAGUCCCCCUACCAGGCUGGGAUCAACCAGCGCUUCCACGCUGCUCGUUAUAGAUUCCAGGGUCCAACUGACCCAGAGCCUCAGUCCCAGGCCACACAACCCGCUCCUCCCCUCUCACCAAAGGACCUCUCUCCUGUGACCAGCAGCUCCUCCCCAGAUGCCAACCCAGUCAAACAAUUGGCCAGGAGCACAGUCACUCAGGUCCUGUCUCGCUUCACCACCAUUCAGCAGAGUGCCACACCGAAGCUUGCAGCACCAAACAAUUCACCCUUUGGUACAGACUACCGUAGCAUGACGGCACCUUUAUCACCAGUCAUCGGAAGGGCUGCAGGAGCACCUCCACUGGGGAUCAGAUCGCCCACCAUCCCCAGGGCAGACAGGGGCAAUCCUCCACCCAUCCCCCCUAAGAAGCCUAGUCUGGCCCAGGCACCUCCAUCUCCAGCAGCAGUACCCAGGUCUUCAAGCCAUUUCACUGAGAGCCCCCUCUCAGGCAGCUGUGGCCUCACCUCAAGCCAGGAUGGAGUCAAAGAGCUGGACAUGGUAGUUUCAUCUAAUUAACAGAUCAUUUGAUUAGUCAGUAAAUUAUUCAGCUGCUGCUCUGCUUGUGACAUCAUGCUUUAUCACCAUCAUCAUGGCUCAUAAUUAAGAUUGUCUUGUACAGUAUAUGACAGGAUUUAUAUUCUUUGCUUAUUUGAAUAGAGGUCCCUUCAGACACCGUUAUGCUAUUUGUAUACAUUAGAUAGAAACUGUAUGUGCUGAGCACAAUUUUAGAUAUUGGUUAAGGGGAUGGUACUAAUGAGUAGUUACAGUUUUAAUUUCAAAAUGUGCCAAUAUGAACUGUAUGUAUGCAUGUACUGUAUAUAGGGCACAAUGUACUAUUACACUAAGUGUUUUUUCUGGUGUCAUAUCUCCAAAGAAUAUAACACAACUACCUCCGCCACGGCACGUUUUACCAGCGUUUGUUUGUUGGUCUGUUCACAACAUAACUCAAAAAGUAAUAAAUGGAUCUGGAUGAAUUUUUUUUUUUUUUUUU